AAGCGCAACACGGACACAGAAACACACCACACGCACGCCCACCAAGCUUUGUGCUUCUUCUUCUCCUUCGUUUAUCUUCUUCUUCUUCUUCUUCUUCUUCUUCUUCACUGAGACUCAGAACUCCAAGCCAUGGCUUGUGAGAGCUCUUCUGCCAAACCCGCCUUCUUCUUGUCCUUGCUGUGUUUCCUCCUCGGAAUGGCCUCGGCUCAGCUGUCCGGCACUUUCUACUCCUCAUCCUGCCCCAGCGCCCUCUCCACCAUCAAAUCCGCUGUGAGCUCCGCGGUCUCGAGUGAGGCUCGCAUGGGCGCCUCGCUGCUCCGCCUCCACUUCCACGAUUGCUUCGUCAACGGAUGCGACGGGUCGAUCUUGCUGGACGACACGGCGAACUUCACUGGGGAGAAGAACGCCGCCCCGAACGCCAACUCCGUGCGGGGGUUCGACGUGAUCGACACGAUCAAGUCCCAACUGGAGAGCAAGUGCCCCGGUGUCGUGUCCUGCGCCGACAUCGUGGCCGUCGCCGCCCGAGAUUCCGUUGUUGCCUUAGGCGGUUCGAGUUGGACGGUCUUGCUAGGAAGAAGAGACUCGACCACUGCAAGCCAAAGUGCUGCUAAUGCCAACAUUCCUGCCCCAACUUUGAGCCUUAGUGGCCUCAUCUCUGCCUUCUCUAACAAAGGCUUCACUGCCAAAGAGAUGGUGGCACUUUCGGGGUCGCACACGAUAGGUCAAGCCCGAUGCACGGUUUUCCGGGCCCGGCUUUACAACGAAAACAACAUCAACGCCACGUUCGCGACCUCCCUCAAAGCGAGCUGCCCGAGCUCCGGAGGCGACAACAAUCUCUCCCCCCUCGACACCACGAGCCCGACGUCCUUCGACAACGCCUACUUCAAGAACUUGCAGAUCCAGAAGGGUCUUCUUCACUCGGACCAGCAAUUGUUCAGCGGCGGCUCCACGGACGCUCAAGUGAACGCUUACAGCGGCAACGCGGCUACUUUCAAGACGGAUUUUGCCAACGCCAUGGUGAAGAUGGGUAACCUCAGCCCGCUCACCGGCUCGAACGGUCAGAUUAGGAAGAACUGCAGGAGAGUCAACUGAUGAUUCUUCUUCUAGGUUUUACCUUUUGCUGUCUUUGAGGUUUUGGAUUUUGUGUUGCAUCUCUUACGUUCUCAAGUUCACUUCGAUAAUAAAAGGUUUCACCUUGUUGUC